AUGUCACAAGAGCAAGGCAAAGCACGGCCAUUUCCACGAGGCCUAAAUCAUGUUGCCCGACUUUGGCAACGAGUGAGCGAUUGGACCGCUGCAAGUGAACAUCCUAGAACAUUGAAAUCCUCUACGUCCAAAACCAAAAAGGAAGACCUUGGAUUCCUGGAAUUGGUAUGCCCAGAGGAUCCCACCGUCGAUAUCAUAGCAAUCCACGGCUUGAAUGGUCACAGAGAAAAGACUUGGAUGACAGACGAUGGCGUUCUUUGGCUACGCCAAUUCUUGCCGUCCUCAUUGCCUCGUGCCCGUAUCCUGACCUAUGGCUACGACGCCGACACUCACAGUACGGAGUGCGUAUCGACCCAGACUAUGCGCCGCCACGCCGUCGGUCUGGCUCAAGCUAUUUUACGGAAGCGUAAAGAUGCUCCUCGACGCCCCAUCAUCUUUGUUGCUCACGAUUUGGGAGGCAUCAUUCUCAAAUGGGCGCUUGUCAUAUGCAACAAUGAGGACCUGGAAUCAAAAGGCGGCCUACGAAAUAUCCUGGUAUCCACCCAUUCCAUCCUCUUCUUUGGAACCCCGCAUUCCGGCGUAGAAGACACGCUCCUUAAGAAGAUCGUUCGCCUGGCAGCGCCAUGUAUGGAAUCGACAGAAGUCAUUGUCAAGAACCUUCACGCUCACUCGGAUGAACUCGAAAACAUCCAGAGCUUGUAUCUCACCGCGAGUAAAAAGAUAAACAGCGUCUUCUUCUGCGAGGAAUACAGCACCGGAGCCGAAGAACAGCAGACACAUUUGAAUGUUCCGUAUCACUCGGCGGUGAUCACUGGCGAUCAAAACGCUAUUGCGGUCGUACUCCAUAGCGAUCACCAGAACCUUGUCAAAUUCCAGACGGAAGAGAAUGAAGAUUACCAAGCAGUUGCUUACUAUCUCACGGAGUGCGCUGAGAACGCCCCCGAUGCCGUGCACAAAAAAUGGUUUAUGGAGAAUAACUUGCGCACCGUCGUGAAGGGAGGAACCAUCCCUCAACCAGACGACGCGCUUUUCGUAUCUCAACUGCCGGUAGUCGCAUUCGCCCCAUCCUCUGUCCAUACCACCUGUCUACAAGGAACUCGCCAGGCUGUCCUCGAGACAAUCUCGCAAUGGGCCGAUGGCGAUUCAUCAGAAAAACCGAUCUUCUGGCUAUGUGAUAUAGCCGGCUCUGGAAAAUCGACCGUCGCGAUGACUGCAAUGGAGAAGUGGAAGAAGCAAGGAAUCUUAGGCGGCGGAUUCUUCUUCUCCUUGGCAAGCAGCGAAAGCUCAGACAUCGAAAAGUUUUGCUCGACCAUGGCGAGGGAACUCGCUCAACAUAUUCCCGAGCUUGGGACACCGAUUGCGGAGAUAGUAAAGCGGAAUCCUGCUCUCCUGCGAGCCUCUUUUGAUCAACAGUUUCGAAUGCUCAUCACCGACCCACUCCAGCAUCGACAGACGCAAGUAGUCCUCGUCUUAGAUGCACUCGACGAAUGCAAGUCUGCAGCACAGAGAAAAGAUCUGGUUGAGACUCUCGCUUCUGCUGCUCAGGAGAGCAAGAAUCUUCGGAUAUUCAUCACAAGUCGACCAGACCCUGUGGUUGAAAGGGUUUUAGAACCUCUUUCGAUCAAGGCCAAGUUGACAGAUCGGCUCCACGAUGCUAGCCACCGCGACAACAUCGAUGACAUUGCGAUAUACGUCCAUCGAUUGCUCGGCCGGCGCCUGACGCCAGAUAAGAUCCAGCGACUGGUUGAUAAGGCCAAGGCUCCUGGAGCCAUCGACGAGGUAUACGACCUCGUCUUCGAGCGCAUUGACCGAGCAUCCAAACCAGCUAUCAUUGAAAUGCUCGGUAUGCUGCUUGCUGCGUUCGAACCACUCACCACCCAUGACUUGGAAGACCUUGUUCAGCAUACCAAAGGACAAGGGAGUGCCGAAGCGCUGGUACGGAUUCUGGGAAGUGUACUUAAGGAGGAUCCGAUCACGCACUCGAUACAGUUUCGUCACCCCACCUUUUUCGAAUAUCUUCGACGACGCUGUAGCACCGAAAUUAUCGGCGAUUGCGACAGGAAUCUUAUCAACAUCGCGCGUGCACAUGGCCAAGCCGCAUCAUGGUGUCUUCACACUCUCAAAUCGCGCAAGGAGGGGCUCAAGUUUAAUAUUUGCCAAAUCGAGUCAUCCUUCUAUCUGAAUAGGCAGAUUACAGACCUUGACGCCCGGGUGGCGAAAUUCAUUUCGCGGAGGCUUCGCUAUGCUAGUUUGCACUGGCCGUUCCAUGUGGCCGCAAUGGACAGUGACUGGGGCCGCAGGCUAAGGAAUGAGCUGGCACGUAUAGUCAAAAGUCCAUUCGCACUCUAUUGGAUGGAGAUACUCAGCGUGACUGGAGGAGUCAUGCGGGCAGUAUCUGGAAUGCGAGCUGCGACGCAACAUAACAGUCUUGAGCAAGAGAUCCGAGGUCGGAUGAAUGACAUCAGACGGUUUUUGAUGGCAUUCUCUGUACCAAUCCAAGACAGCGUACCACACAUCUACAUCUCAUCUCUCCCAUUCAGUCCACGGAAGUCGGUACUUCAUACGGAGGGUUUAAAGGAGUAUAUGAAUUCGUUAAUUGUGACCAGAGGGCUUGAAGAAACAUUUCGUGAGCUUCCCAGAACGCUGCUAGGUCACCAGCGUAGUGUCACAGCGGUUUCAUUCUCACCAGAUGGCACACGAAUCGUCUCUGGCUCAAGCGACAGGACAAUUCGACAGUGGGAUGCAGAGACUGGCCAGCCAUUGGGAGAGCCACUCCAAGGUCAUGAAUACUCGGUGAACGCUGUCGCAUGCUCACCAGAUGGCACCCAAGUUGUCUCUGGCUCCAUUGGUACGACAAUUCAAAUCUCGAGUUCGGACAAUGGUGGUGGACCCGGUGGAGGCGCAUACCGUGGAAUGCUUGAGGAUGUCGAGGAGACCGAUGCGGAUGCGGAUGUGGAUGCUGAUGCUGACGCCGGAUCUCUCAAGUAA